ACAGUAGAUUUUUGUUUGUGCCGGACCGACGACUGGUGUCUGGCUCAGAUUGACACGGAAUUCAGUGCUAUCAGUGAUAUUCAGCAUCGAAGAAACAAAGUUCGAGUUGAAAUGGUAGCGGGCACCUUACCCCUGACCUCCGCUCAGGGAAUCAUCUCCCUGCUGGACGAAAAUCAGACGGAACUGAAGAUCUUCGCUCUUCGAAAACUCGAUCAUAUCGUCGAUGAAUUCUGGGCUGAAAUUUCGGAGGCGAUCGAAAAAAUUGAGAUUCUCUAUGAAGACCAGCAGUUUCCCGACCGGAAAUUGGCGGCCCUUGUCGCCUCGAAAGUGUACUAUCACCUGGGAUCCUUCAAAGAUUCCUUGGAGUUCGCUCUACAUGCAGGGGAUCUGUUUGACAUAAACUCAUCGAGUGAAUUCGUGCAAACAAUCGUGUCCAAAGCGAUCGACGACUACAUCAGUAUGCGACAGGCCGUUUUUAGCCAGGUCGCGAAGAAGGACCUCACCAUCAACGCGCAAUUGGAAGCGAUCGUCGAUCGAAUGUUCGACCGGUGCUUCGAACACGGCCAGUACAGACAAGCGAUCGGAAUUGCGCUCGAAACUCGGCGAAUGGACAUGUUCGAGAAGGCCAUCAGGCAAUCGGACGACAUGGUGAAACUGCUGCAAUACAGUCUGCGUAUUGCGAUGACCCUAACCCAGAACCGAUCCUUCCGAGACGAGAUUCUCCGAGUUCUUAUAACUUUGUACCAAGAUCUGGAAACCCCCGACUACGUCAACAUGAUCCAGUGCCUGAUAUCGCUCGACGACGCUGCCUUCUCCGCCGAGAUCCUGGAGAAACUGGUUCGUGGCUCGAAAGAGAAUCAGCUGAUGGCCUACCAAAUUAGCUUCGAUCUCUACGAGUCCGCUAUCCAGCAGUUCCUACUCAGGGUGAUCGACUCCUUGCGCGAGAUAGUCGGCCCGAAAACAGAAACCCCGGCUGUCGCCGAAGGCAGCGAGGACAAACCCAAGCUGAAACCAGGCGAAAUCCAGAAGACCGGUGAUGAGCAAGUGGACAAACUCAUCCGGAUACUGUCCGGAGAGCUUACGAUCGAGCUCCAUCUCCAAUUUCUGAUUCGUUCGAAUCACUCUGAUCUCCUGAUCCUGAAACAAACGAAAGAAGCCGUUCGGAACAGCGUAUGUCACACUGCGACUGUGAUCGCAAAUUCUCUGAUGCACUGCGGAACUACUUCCGACACGUUCCUCCGAGACAAUCUCGACUGGCUCGCGCGGGCCACCAACUGGGCCAAGUUCACCGCGGUCUCGUCUCUCGGAGUGAUCCACAAAGGACACGAGAAGGAGUCCCUCCAGCUCAUGGGGCCCUAUCUUCCAAAGGAGAACACAACCUCGUCGGGCUACACGGAGGGCGGAGGACUCUACGCCCUCGGCUUGAUCCAUGCGCAUCACGGCGGAGCGAUUAUCGAUUAUCUCAUGAACCAACUGAAAGACGCUCCGAACGAGGUCAUUCGUCACGGCGGAUGUCUCGGACUCGGUCUCGCGGCCAUGUGCACCCAUCGCCAAGACGUCUACGAGCAGCUGAAAUUCAAUUUGUACCAGGACGAUGCGGUCUCCGGAGAGGCGGCUGGUAUCGCGAUGGGUCUCGUGAUGUUGGGUUCAGGAAACAGCCAAGUCAUCGAUGACAUGGUCGCCUACGCCAAGGAGACUCAACACGAGAAAAUUCUCCGUGGUCUCGCCGUCGGCAUCGCUUUCCUCGUGUUCGGAUGCAUGGAGGGAGCCGACGCCCUCAUCGACACACUCGCCAGCGAUAAAGAUCCCCUACUGAGGAGAUCGGCCAUGCACACGAUCGCGAUGGCGUACUGUGGCUCGGAGAACAACGCGUCGAUUAAGAAACUGCUCCAUUUCGCAGUGUCCGAUGUUAACGACGACGUGCGCCGAGCGGCGGUUGAAGCUCUCGGAUUUCUCCUGAUCCGGACACCGGAGCAAUGUCCGAGUGUGGUCUCCCUCCUGUCGGAGAGCUAUAACCCGAACGUCCGAUACGGAUCUGCGAUGGCUCUCGGAAUUUCCUGCGCGGGAACCGGCAACAAGGAAGCUCUCGCACUUCUCGAGCCGAUGACAAACGACCCGGUCAACUUCGUGCGUCAAGGUGCCCUGGUAGCCACAGCUCUCGUCCUCCUCCAGCAGAGCGAAGCUGUCUGCCCGAAGAUGAAGGAGAUCCGCGCCUUCUACCAGAAAGUCAUCACGGACAAACACGAGGACGUCAUGGCCAAGUUCGGAGCCAUUCUCGCCCAGGGCAUCAUCGACGCGGGAGGCCGUAACGUGACCGCGGGUUUGCUCUCGCGAACCGGGCACGUGAACUAUCCCGGUGUCGUCGGUAUGUUGGGCUUCACCCAGUUCUGGUACUGGUUCCCGAUGAGCCAUUUCCUGUCUCUAGCCUUUACACCGUCGUGCGUGAUCGGAUUGAACUCGCAGCUAGCGAUGCCGAGACUGGAGUACCGCUCGAACGUGAAGCCAUCGACUUACGCCUACCCGCCUGCUCUGGAAGAGAAGAAGGAAAAAGAGAGGGAGAAGGUCACUACCGCCGUGCUCUCGAUCACAGCGAAAUUCGCCGCCAAGAAAAAACAGAAAGAAAAGGAAAAGGAAGAGGAAAAAAUGGAAGUGGAAGAAACUCCCGCAGUGAAGGCCGAGGUCAAGGCGAAGGAAGAGCCCGAACUCCCGAAGCCCGAAACCAAGAAGGACGAAGUCGAAGCGAAAAAAGAAGAGGAGAAGAAGCCCGAACCAAAUUUCGAGAUUCUCAGCAAUCCUGCGCGAGUCGUUCGGCCUCAAUUGAAAGUCAUCCAAAUGCACGAAGCUCCGAGAUACCGGCCGGUGAAGGACAUUUCAAUAGGAGGCAUCAUUCUCAUGCAGGAUACGCAGGCGGAAGUGAAGGAAGAACUCGUGGAGCCGGUCAGUGCCGGCGGUUUGUCCGUCACACAAGACGAACAAGAGCCCGAGCCUCCGGAGCCAUUCGAGUAUGACGAGUGAUUAGGAGAAGCUCUUCGUACAGAAGACCAUCCUUCGAUCUAGCCUCGGAGCACGAGAGAAAUAUACGCGGAUAUUUAAGACUAUAAACUUCUCUACCACAAUUUAAGGGAGAUCGCAAAUAAAACUGGUUUUCAUAAACGAGA